GUCAUGUGUCAGUUAUUUUACAUCAGUACCCUAAAAUGUUUUAGGGUACUGAUGUAAAAUACGGAUUGCACGAAGAAGUUAAACAGUUAGUGAAAACCAUUGCUUGGUUCUUGUCGAAACAGUGUAGUAAAGAUUUGUUUAAUGCCUUCCUCAGAGCAUCGGCAAUGCUAGCUGAAACUUCUCCACUUAAAAGGUAAAACCAAAUGUUUUCUACGCUGUGUUUAAAAAAGAACCAAGCAAUGGAAUUUGACGGAUUACACAGAAGGAACGUACAAAAAAAGUUAGCAAAUACACAGAAAAAUAAUCAUUAAGAAGUGAUUUUAUAACCAAAUAGAAUUGCUAUUAAUGAUUCACCGGGGCAGAAGGAUGCGUCCUUUUCCUUCUCAUAUUUGUUAGGGACACAUUCCUUAUGGCUUUGUUGAACAAAGAUUAUCUAUAAGCUGCUGUUGACAACUAAAAAAAAAAAAAUCAACAUUAACCCGUCUGUGGGAUCGGAUUGCUCCUGUUAGUCGAAGAUUAUUUAAAAUAAUUGGGAGAAAGGUUAUCCAAUAAAAGUUUCAGAGAACAUUGUUCCACCUUGUCUUCUUUAAGUGAGGCGACUUCAAUAAGUCGAUGUAUCAUCAAUUAUUUAGCAGUUAGAAAUAAGCAGGUGAGAAACCCCGGGGAGCCGAAGAGGUGGUGGGGGACUGAAGAGACAGAAUCUAAUUAAAUUAUCCAGAGAAACUCAAUUCUGGUAAUCACUGCGCUGGUGUUCCCGGCUUCGCAGUGUGUAACCCGAGCUUAUGGAGGUGAGCUCCAUUAUGUAGAGCUUUCAGACUCAAACAAAAUCCAACUCUUAUCAUAAAAGCUAAAAUCCUACAAAUGGGAAAACAAAAGAUAGGACUGUAGCCGAAUGUGUUUGAAAAUCUUAUUUUUCAUGAUUAAACAGGCUUUGGAUGUCUGUUGAAAAUACCCUUGUUGUAAACUGGAAUUGUACUCGUCUGUUUUUUUUUUAUUUCUUAUCUCAAACCAUGAAAUAAACGUGAUGUUCUAUAAAAAUUCAUGGCUGGGUGCAGAACUUUUGUGAUUCUGAAACAGGUCAUUUACCCUUUAAAUUGUUAAAUUAUUGCAUGUUUGUGCAAAUAUGAUUGUUCCAAUUCACAAAAGAGUUUUAGUUAGUGAGCCACGAUAUUUCAACAUCAAUAUCGAUGUCAGUCUUUUUCAACAUCAAUCAAAUCAAAGCUUUAUUUAUAAAGCGCCUUCCGGGACUGUCAGGGAGCCAAGGUGCUGAAACACAUCAUAAACAUACCAAUGUUGAUCAGUAUGGAGACUAUGACCCUAAUGUUCAUGAACCAGGCUUCCUGGCGGAGGAGGAACUGCUGCCAAAAAGGGUGAUCAACUUGUACCAGAUGACUGCAGAGAUGUGGGAGGAGCGAAUCACCGUGUGUUAUGCAGAGCACAGAGGCAGGACGAGGGAUGAAGCUGAGAUGGAGUAUUUAAAAAUAGCUCAGGACCUGGACAUGUACGGCAUCAAUUACUUCCUUAUCAGGAACAAGAAGGGAACGGGUCUUCUGCUGGGAGUCGAUGCUCUGGGUCUCCAUAUCUAUGAGCCGGAGAACAAGCUGACGCCCAAGUGCUCCUUCCCAUGGAACGAGAUCCGUAACAUAUCCUACAGCGACAAGGAGUUCACCAUCAAACCCGUGGGCAAGAAAAGCAACACCUUCAAGUUCAUCUCUUCACGACUUCGCGUCAACAAGCUGAUCCUCCAGCUGUGCAUAGGGAACCAUGACCUGUUCAUGCGUCGACGUCAAGUGGAUUCCCUCGAAAUCCAGCAGCUGAAGGCUCAGGCUAAGAAAGAGAGGGCCAGGAAGCAGGCAGAGUGGCAGCGUCUUCAGAGGGAGAAGAAGCUGAGGAAGGAGGCAGAGAGAGCCCGAGCCGAGAUGGAGAGGAAGCUGAUUCAGCUGCAGGAAGAGGCUCACAUGGCCAGCGAGGCUCUGCUGCGUUCGGAGCAGACGGCGGACCUGCUGGCUGAGAAGGCCCAGAUCGCGGAGGAGGAGGCCAAGCUGCUGGCCCAGAAAGCUGCUGAGGUCGAGACGGAAAUGCAGCGCAUCAAAGUGACCGCCAUGCGCGGCCAGGAGGAGCGGCGCCUGAUGGAACAAAAGAUGCUGGAGGCCGAGAUGCGAGCACUCAAGGAGUCUGAAGAGUCAGAGAGGAGGACUAAAGAAGCGGAGCAGCUGAAACAGGACCUGCAGGAGGCCAGAGAGUCGGAGCGCAGAGCGAGGAAUAAACUCCUGGAGAUUACAAGCAAAGCUAUCAACGCGUCUCCGGUUUUGCCAUCCGACAGCAUUCCUCCUGACCUGAGCUACAGCAGAGAGAACCUCAGCUUUGACUUCAAAGACACCGACAUGAAACGCCUUUCCAUGGAAAUCGAGAAGGAGAAAGUGGAGUACAUGGAGAAGAGCAAACAUCUGCAGGAGCAGCUGAAUGAGCUGAAGACAGAGAUCGAGAGUCUGAAGCUGAAAGAGAGGGAGACUCCUCUGGACAUCAUUCACAACCAGAACACAGAGCAGGGAACCAGCAAGCAGAGCAAUUUUAAAAAGCUGACGCUACAGAGCACCAAGACCAAGGUGGCCUUCUUUGAAGAGCUUUAAACUACGUCUUCAUUCUGCAUUCCUGGUCAGUCCUGACCAAACUACAAAGACCUCAUGUACAAAUAACCAAAAGAACUCCACAAACAGAACCACUAACUUAGUCUGCAGGAUCAGAUGUGAUGUAACGAGUUUGUGUUUACAGAACGCGUGCAGACUUCAUUAUAGACAAGUAUAGAAGUCUGACUGUUUGAAAAGGGGAACGGUUUUGCUCUAGUUUCACCGUGAGUCUAGUGAGAAUGUAUUUUUGGAGUUUAGGAUAAUAAAUGUGAAUUAGAGGGAAACCGCUUCGUCAGUCAUGAACUGUUUUUAUCAGGAAAUAAACCACUAACCUUACAGUGAACUGAGCCUUUGGUAUUCAGUAUGUGACUCUGUAUACUACAACAUAGAUGAUAUGAUAGUUUUAUUAAGAUUUAUAACUUUUUUUAAUAGAAUUUGAACGUUUCAGGAGCAAACGCGGAUCGUUUUUCUGACAUCAUUAUAUUAAAGCAGAGUAAUCCAGAGUUCAUGAUCCCUCGUGAACUUUUGUUUAACUCAGAAAUCCACUUAUUUUAUAUAAUAUGUGUUUACGUGAUAUUUAGCAGAAGUCUCAGAUGGGGAGUUCAUGUUCUGCUCUGGAAACUGGACUUUUGGACCGAGUGGUCAUUAGAGAUCCUAUUUUGGUAAAACGUAAGUUUGAAAAACACUUUUUUUUACUCAAAAACAUGAAUUAGCAUUUCUUUGGAGUUAGCGUUGCUGUCCCUCAGAAAGCAAUUAAUGUGGAGUUUUAAUGUGAAGAAAAUAUGUAUUUUUCUGUCUAUUUGGGUUUUCCAGGGAUAAUCAACAGUAUUUAAAACAAAACUUUUGCAUAGUUUCAUCACUACAUUUACAUGUUUACUGAAAAUCUAACAUGUGUGUAUUCUGAUUUUAUUUUCAUGUCAAAUAAACAAACAUCACGUCCGA